CCGGGCCCCAGACGGGCGGCUACUUAAGGCAGAGGGGCGGCGGCGGGCAGCAGCUGCGCUACAACUGCUCGGGAGGAGCGGACGGGGCAAAAAAUCCUGACCAUGACCCCCCACGGGCUGCUGCCGCCACUGCUGCUGCUAACUCUGCUGCUCGCUGCCAGCCCAGGAGGCGCUUUGGCGCGGUGCCCAGGCUGCGGGAAGGGGGUGCAGGCGGGCUGUCCAGGGGGCUGCGUGGAGGAGGAGGAUGGGGGGCCGCCAGCGGAAGGCUGUGCAGAAGCUGAGGGCUGUGUCAGGAGAGAGGGGCAGCAGUGCGGGGUCUACACCCCUAACUGCGCCCCAGGACUGCAGUGCCAGCCACCCAAGGACGACAAGGCGCCGUUGCGGGCGCUGCUGCUGGGCCGAGGCAGCUGCAGCCGGGCCCGCGCGCCCGCGGAGGAGAAUCCUAAGGAGAGUAAGCCCCAAGCAGAGACUGCCCGCUCACAGGACGUGACCCGCAGAGACCAACAGAGGAAUCCAGGGACCUCUACCACCCCGGCUCGGUCCAGUUCUGGGAGUGUCCAAGACUCUGAGAUGGGCCCAUGCCGCAGACACCUGGAGUCAGUGCUGCAGCAACUCCAGACCGAGGUCUACCGAGGGGCUCACACCCUCUAUGUGCCUAACUGUGACCAUCGAGGCUUCUACCGGAAGCGGCAGUGCCGCUCCUCCCAGGGGCAACGCCGAGGUCCCUGCUGGUGUGUGGAUCGGAUGGGCCAGCCCCUGGCAGGGUCUCCAGAUGGCGAAGGAAGUUCCUCCUGCCCCACCGGGAGUAGCGGCUGAAGCUGGAGGAUGAGAGGGUCUGCAGGGCCACUAGCAGGAGCAUGAGGCCAUCAUCUUGGGUUAUUUGUUGAGCGAUGACUAACGCAGGGGCUCUGAGCCUCACAAUCUACCUUUGGGCCCUGACCCCUUGCCCCCUCACAUCUGGUUGGAGAGAUUGUUGGUGUUGGCUUGGGGUGUUAAUAAAGCUGUG